UUGGGUGGACUAAAUGGAUAGUGCCCCUCUCUAUCUGAAGCCUCGCAAGGGAGAACGUGAAUUUCUCAAACCCACCAUCUGGGUGAGCCCCAGCAGGGUGGUGGCGCUCGGGGGAAACAUCACCAUCCGCUGUGAGGGUCAGGACCUGGGCAUGGAGUUCGUUCUGCGUAAAGCUGGACACCCGAACCCACAGGUGCAGACGGUGCCUCAUGGGCCCGUGGCUGAAUUUCCCAUCGCCAGUGUUGGCCGGGAAGAUGGAGGGACCUACACCUGCGAAUAUCGCUCCAUAGCGGAACAGAGUCGCUGGUCAUAUCUGAGCGACCCCGUCGAGAUCAUUGUAGGAGGUGGGGGAGGGGCCCAUCUCAGCAUCCCAGAUCACAGCCCCACACCCAGCCAGACUGUCACAGGCUCUCUGCAGCAAUGGGAUGCUUAGAGCCAGGCUCUGCCCUGAGCCCAGCAGAGGGGACGCCUGGCCAGGGAGUGGGGACGGAGUCACUGGCGGUUCCCCCAGACAGGGGGGAGAAGAAGCCACUGGAGAUUUGGGACAGAGGAAAGGGGGAUCCCUGCCCCCAGGGGGAGCUGCAGAGCAGGGGGGCCUUUUCCAGGCAACACAUCAGUUAGGGAGUGAUCAGCAGAGCUGAACAUUAUAAACCUCAGUGUAUAGUAGAGACUUGUACAGUCCCCUACAAGUCAGUGGUGGUGCUGUGCACAGAACCCAGGAGUCCUGGCUCCCAGCCCUCCCUGCUCUCCCCACUAGACCCCACUCCCCUCCCAGAGCCGGGCAGAGAACCCAGGAGUCCUGGCUCCCAACCCUCCCAGCAGU